AUGAAUACUGAGCAAGGGUAUAGAUACACUGGCGGUCGGGAUGGCGUGAUCUGCGCCUGGGAUCUGGACUUGGAGGCACAAAGACUGAAUCAACAAGGGGCAGACGCUGCAAAGGACAAGAAGAGCACUGUAUCAUUCCGCAAGCAGGUACAAGCGCAUACCCACUGGGUCAAUGAUAUUGUCCUGGUCAAAAACAAUCUUGGGCUAGUCUCUGCCUCGUCGGAUGUCACUGUCAAGCUCUGGCGUCCUCACGCUCACGAAUCGUCGCAAGCAUACACCAUCGGUUCUCACAGUGACUAUAUCAAAUGCCUUGCAACGCCCGACCGAACAUCCAAUUGGGUCGCCUCGGGAGGCUUGGACCACAGGAUAUGCCUCUGGGACUUGAACGGAGGAGGCAAGAACCUCGAGAUCAACGUUGGAAAGGUACAGGAUGUGGUCAAGGGAUCUGUGUACUGCCUGCGGGCGCGAGGAUCUCUGUUAGCCAGUGGAGGGCCUGAGAGCGUAGUUCGACUGUGGGAUACCAAGUCUGGCAAAGGCAUAACCAAGCUUGUCGGGCAUACGGACAAUGUCAGGGACAUCUUGAUCAGUGAUGACGGCGAUACACUCCUCACAGCUUCGUCUGAUCAGACGAUCAAGGUCUGGUCUAUUGCGGCCGGUCGAUGCAUCCAUACUCUGACCAUGCACAGCGACAGCGUUUGGUGCAUGUAUUCGGACGAUCCCAACCUGGCUGUGUUCUACUCUGGAGAUAAGUCAGGUCUAGUGGCAAAGACUGAUACUCGACGGGCAAUGGAGAUUGAUGACGGGGUGUCCGUCGCGGUGUGUCAAGAACACGACGGUAUUGCUCGGGUACUCCCUGUGGGUGACUCUGUUUGGACAGCAACCUCGAGCUCAAGCGUCAAUCGCUGGCUUGACGUCGAUACUGAGCUCGAGGUUGAAACUCCGCCCGCGUCGCCGCGUGAGGAGAGGACUGCAAGUCCAGAGGCGCGAAGUCAUUUAAGCCCCGAGCCCCCAGCAUCUUCGCCUCCUGCAACAACAAACGGGACCACGAACGGCGAAGUCGAGCACAAGAAGAGAAUUCCUCACAAUGCGAUUUUGCGCGUCUCAAUCACGGCUCUUCAUCCCGGUAGGAAACAUCUGGGCAGGCAUCCCAAUGUAUCGUCGACAAAUUUAAGAAAGGCUUCAGAGGCUAUGAUAACGGAUGAUCUGAGUCUGGUGGUCCCUAUUAGAGGCCAACCUGCCGAGACCAUCGAAGGGCAAAACGGACUCAUCAAACACGUCAUGCUAAGUGAUAGAAAAAGAAUACUCACAUUGGAUACUGCCGGCGAGGUAGUAUUAUGGGACCUUUUAAAGGCAAGACGCAUCUCCCCUGAAGGCAAUAACCGCAAUCUGACGUUGAAACAGUGUAUUCCCAUCAAAUCUUUUGGCCGUCGUCAUCUUGACGAAGUGGUGCCGGAAGUCAACACUACUGAAAGCGUCGCCAACUGGUGCGCCGUGGAUACGAAGACUGGGAAAAUUACAGUUAUGCUCGAGGAGAAUUACUGUUUUGAUGCCGAGGUGUAUGCAGACGAGCUCGACUUGCCCAGCAAUCUUGCCUUUCGCGAGGACCAGAGAAUCAAUCUGGGCAAAUGGGUACUCCGCAACUUGUUUUCGAAGCUCGUUGACGAAGAAGUUGCUCGAGAUGAAGCCUAUAGACGCACGCUCCAAAAUCCAGUCAGCACUGCUCCUCAUAGUGGUCUUAUUCGACCUGGUGCACCAACUAGCAUCAAGUUGCCCGAAUCUGUUGGGACAACUCCCAUGGUGUCACCAGGGACAGUUGUGACUCCCCGUGCAUCGAACGGCUUCUCAAUGGUUCCUGCAACUCCUGGGUUAGCAAUCGGCGCAGCCACACCGGGCUUUGCGCCAUUGAACACCACACUUCCUCCCACCGCAGAAGAGACAGCACAGACUCCCAAUGGUGCAUCUUCUCGGUCGUCGCGAGCACAAACCCCGCGAGUCCAAACCCCUCAUGUGCAGCCGACGCCGUCAGCGACGGAAUCCCAGAGUGUCGAUUACUUCUCCUCGACCAAUACUACGGCUAACAGUCAGUCCGAGGCCUCUUCGGAAAGCGAGAAAGUCCCCAAAACACCCGGUGGUGGCCCGGCCUUGACGGACAGCAACGCUCAAGGAACCCUCUCGACGCCAACAUCACCGACCGAGGAGAAGAAAAAGGGUCUCUUUGGCAAGAAGUUCGGCAUGGGCAUGUCCUUCCCCAAAAAGAUGACCAGCCGUUCCUCUGCAGAAGUGAAGGCGCCCGUUGCAUCAACAGAAGAAAGAUCUUCUGACACCGCAUCCCUCCGGUCCUCCGAGAAAGAUAUCGAGAAAGUUCACAUCGAAGAUAAUUUCUUUGGUGUCGUUCAGAAGAUCCGCCUAGAGUAUGAUGAGCAUCUCGAGUCCAAAACGGAUCAACCGCUGCCGCAGGGGAUAACUCCCUCUCCGCCGACGGAGACACCGGUGCUGAGUCCGCCACCGCAUACCACGAUUAUCAUCCAGGAGGACAAUCCAGAAAGUGGUGGGUUGGCGGACCAGUACAGAGGGGAGAUCAGUGAGUUGGGAAAUCCUGCGGAGGUGGAUACACUUGAGAAGAUUGCGCCGAUGUGGCUAGGUGACUUGUUACUGCGGAACCAAAUCCCUUACAAAGACACCGUCAAGGUGUCGUUCGUGUUACACCCCUAUGAGAAUCUGCUCCCGCCCAUUGCUUCGCCCGACGGCAAUGCUCGACUCAACGCGAAUCGCAUGCUCCGCGCAAAGAAAAUCAUGGCGUACAUCGCAGAGAGGAUUGAAGCUCCUCCUCCUCAACCGACUCAGUCUACCGACACUACGGAGGGGCAACAACCCACCGAGACCCCGCAUUCAGACAUAGCCCCUACUACGGAGGCAGAACAGAGCUCGGAAUCUCAGCUCAAGCCGGAGGAGUAUUUGGAACUAUACUGCCAAAACCAACUUGUCCAUCCCAACACAACACUAGCCACGCUACGCGUGCACGUCUGGCGAACGGGCGGCGAUGUGGUGCUGUACUAUAAGAGCAACGGGAGGAAGAAGUUGACAUUGCCCCAUCCCGCGCAGGUGCCCACGGACGUUGAGAGUGAGGAGACGACGGGUGUAGUGCGAUAG